ACAAUAAAGAACCUGUUGUUGAUAUUAACACUAAUAAAAUGCAACCAGAACUCGAUUUAGAUAAUCUGGAAAAUAUACUUUCCCAAGAAAUUGUUGAUCGUGUGUUGGAACUUUUUGACAAUAUUCCAUCUACAGAACGAAUCAUAAC